ACGAAAGAGAACCUGCGAAGUGGCGAAAUGCUGGUGUGCGGAGACCAAUGGCCUAUCUUUUUGUAUGCCAACCACGUUUAUGACCCUGAAGAUCCAUGGUGCGGUCUUCUUAGGAGCUGCUUGCUAAUAUAUGCCUACAAACAUGUUUUCACGUCUCCAAGUUCGGUCGACAGGGAGCUGAAAGCUACGCGUUCUGGAAAUGCUCGCCUCCAUGGCAUGAAUUCAGUCACAAUAGCUUCCCUUGCUUAUAUUGCAACUCAGGUGCGAUUUGCUCUAAGCUCGUCCUCAGUGUUCUCGCGGACCGACACAUCCACAGACUCGGAAACAUUUUAUCAUAGCCUACUCGAUCUCUUGGAAGACCCCGAGGAAUGUCAGGAGGUUGAUGAGCUACUGAUUUGGUGGAACCGCCAAGUUUUUCCUGCCUCCUCUGCUGCCAAGAGACCUAUCAGUGCUAACAGCGCCCUAUCCAAGAUCCGACAAUGA